GCGUUACCAGGCUACAGUGGAUCGAGCGAUGGUUUACCAGUCGACAAUCCAGUUCACGCUGGAUACCAUCUGCCCAUGGUACCGACAUCGAGCACCUUUCGUAGUAGCAGUCGCCAGCUGAAUCAGUGGCAGGACGUACCUGGCAAAGCGUCGCCUCGAGAAAGCGCUUUCACAGCUUCCGCCUGAGUCCUCGGCAGCGUUCACGGUAAGAUACAUGCCGUAUCAGCUGUAUCCGGACGCAUCGCAAGAAGGAGAAUCGAAGUUUGAUUGGUAUAAAGAGUCUCGAUACGGUGACUCAGACGAGAAGAUGAAGAUGUACACUACCUUGAUGUCGGCAUAUGGUGUCGCGGAGGGCAUCCAGUACAAGUUCGGCGGUGAAGUUGCUAACACGCUCCAAGCGCACAGAGUGAUCCAGCAUUACCAGGAGGCGAAAGGUCCGGAGACGGCCGAUAAGAUCAUUAACUCACUGUACAUGCAAUACUUCGAAGAGGAGAAGCAUCCGAGUAGUCCUGAUACGCUGUUGAGAGCGACGAGCGAGGCGGGAAUACCAGAGAGUGAUGCCAAGGCUUUCAUAGAAGGCAAAGAUGAAGGGUUGAUGGAUGUCAAAAUGUUGAUCCGGGAGCAAGCUGGCAAUGGUAUCGAUGCCGUGCCUUAUAUUGUGCUUGAGGGCAAGAGGAGGGAUAUUACGCUUGAAGGCUGUCGAGAGGUCGAGGAAUAUGUUAAGAACCUUAAGCAGAUUAUCAAGGAAAGCAGUUGAUGUAGAUGUGGCUCGCACAAUGAUCUUAUUUCGUGAAGACCUGAUAAUAUACUAGCGAAACUUUCCUUGCCUGCGACCUUUACCGGCCAGCACAUCUCGCUGUUGCUAGUUGAAGUUUCUAGUUUCU